AUGACUGGCGGCACUCAACUCGUGCUGUUUGGUCCCCAACUAACCCCCACGCAAUGGACCCCCGAUUUCCUCCGGCGUCUGCAACUAGAGAUGCAAAAUAAUCCUCAGUUGGAAUUUCUCCGGCAUUGUCUGAUCCAGUUAGAGGCAUUUGUGGCGAGCACACCCCUCCCGCGCGAGGACGUCGCACUGGUCUCGCAGCUAGGGACACUAGCAGGGUUCGCGCGGGGCGAAGCAAUUCCAGAUCCACAGCGUCUGCAGGGAAAUAUCCUAUUGGCGCCAUUGACAAUCGUCUCACAGGUGGUGGACUGGCUGCGGAUGACUCCAUCGGACGAGCUGAUCGUCCAAGGCUUCUGUAUAGGAUUUCUGUCCGCGGCCGUUGUGUCCUCAACUCAUCAGCAGGACCGCGUUGAGUUUGAGCGAUACGUUGCCAAUAGCAUUCGUCUGGCGGCUUGUAUUGGCUUUCUCAUCGAUCGAGAAGAUUCUCUGCAGGCGACGGCGGAUCAAGCAACGGCCAUUUCCGUGCGUUGUCCAUCACCGUCACACCGUGCAGCUUUGGAAACCACAAUAGAUUCGUUUCCCGAGACAUACAUCUCCUGCAUCACUGAUGAUCGCACGGUCACCGUCACACUGCCGCGUCGCCAUCUGGCGCGCUUGACGGAACGCCUGAAACAUGAGUCCAUUCCCAGUACCGUCAUUGGCCUCGAUGGUUGCUAUCAUCAUCCCAAACACACCGAUGCCGCUCAGACACUCAAAGACAUCUGUGCCAAAACGCGUGAAUUGCAGUUGCCCUUCAGCGAGCAACUCCAUCUUCCCCUUCGUUCCACCGCAGAUACCGAGCUCCUCACCAUGGGUGCACUGCAUGACAUCGCCGUAGACCUCAUUCUCUGCAAGCGCGCUCAUUGGUUCCAGACCGUCAAAUGCACGCUCAAGGAGGUUCCGAAUGGGGUCAAAUUUGUCGCCGUGGGUUCGGAAUCCUGCAUUCCUCGAUCGCUUUCGCUGGCCAGACCGGCCGCAGAUUUACAGGACGCGAUCGCGGUGGUGGGAAUGGCCUGUCGAUUCCCCCAGGCGGACUCCCUGGAGGAGUUCUGGCAGCUUCUGAGCGCGGGGGAAACAACUAUUAGCCCUCUGCCCCACAACCGCUUCAAUCCGGCGGACCUGCGAAGGGAGCCGAAGCCGUCGACAUUCUGGGGGAAUUUCUUACGCCACCCAGACGUGUUUGAUCACCGGUUCUUCGGAAUCUCUGGACGGGAGGCGAAAUCCAUGGAUCCACAGCAGAGACUGGCACUGCAGGUUGCCUAUGAAGCCAUGGAGGCGGCCGGGUACUGCGGCCUUCACGCGAAAAGCGGGAGGAAGGAGACUCAGGUAGGGUGCUAUCUGGGAGUAGGCGCUGUCGAUUAUGAGGGCAAUGUGGCUGGCGAUGAUGCGAAUGCCUUUUCGGCAACGGGGACCUUGAGGGCCUUUAUUAGUGGUCGCAUUAGCCAUUUCUUUGGUUGGACUGGUCCGUCAAUCACGUUUGACACGGCGUGUUCGUCGUCGGCGGUCGCUAUACAUGCAGCAUGCAAGGCUAUCUUGGCAGGCGAAUGCGCCAUGGCCCUAGCGGGAGGUGUGAACGUCAUAACGAGCCCGAACCUGCACCAGAAUCUCGCUGCCGCCUCUUUCCUCAAUCCCAACGGAUCCUCGCGCGCUUUUGAUGCCGCUGCAGGUGGAUAUUGCCGAGGUGAAGGCGCCGGCAUUCUGGUCCUGAAGCCCCUCUCCAAAGCCGUCGCGGCCAAUGAUAACAUCCUUGGAGUUAUCGCCGGGUCUGCCGUGAAUCAGGGCUCAAAUUGUAGCUCUAUCACGGUUCCAGAUUCCAACUCACAGAGCGCGUUGUACAGUCGUGCUCUUUCUGUAGGUCAAAUAGAUCCCGAGGAUGUAACAUAUGUGGAGGCGCACGGCACUGGAACGCAAGUCGGGGAUCCUAUUGAGUACGAAAGCAUCAGGUUAGCUCUGGCUGGUCCUGGAAGGAAAGAUGAUAUUCUACUUGGAUCCGUCAAAGAUAAUAUUGGACACACCGAAGCUGCCUCGGGCGCUGCAGGGGUCAUCAAAACCCUCCUGAUGAUGCAGAAGAGAACCAUUCCGAAGCAGGCGAGCUUUAAGACACUGAACCCACGCAUCAAGGCAUCCGACCACAUUGUAGUGCCAAAGCAUACUCAGCCCUGGACAGCCGCGCGGAUGGUUGCUUUGGUGAAUAACUACGGUGCAGCUGGUAGCAACGCCGCGAUUGUGGUACAGGAAUAUCAAAAACCGUGUGUUGCACCACAACCUCCUGCUGUGGCGGCUUAUCCCAUUGUCCUGUCUGCCAAGUCUGCAAUUAGCUUACAGUUAUAUAUGGGAGAGCUCAAGCGUUUUGUCUGCGCGGCAAAUGUGCCAUUGCGUGAGAUUGCAUACGCCCUUUCAAGACGACAAAACCCUGCAUUUGAAUACAGAACAGCGUUUAGUACCGAGAAUAUUGCCGGCUUGACUGCCACCCUGGAUCGGCUCAACGUCAGUAAGGGUGAAGCUGGAUUUACGCGGACUUCGAAGCGCCCUGUAGUGUUGGCUUUUGGCGGCCAGACGGGACGUACAGUAACAGUAUCGAGAGAUCUUUAUGAUACCAGUCUGCUCUUCCGGAAUCACCUGGACAAAUGCGAAGCUGUAUGCAAAUACCUUGGCUUACCAAGUAUCCUGAGCAACAUCUUCUCCGGUGAACCGGUGGAUGACAUUGUCUCCCUCCACUGCAUGCUUCUGUCGAUCCAGGUAUCCUGUGCCAAAUCAUGGCUGGAAUCGGGACUAGAGGUGGACGCUCUAAUUGGUCACAGCUUCGGCCAAUUAACUGCACUAUGUGUUGCGGAUUCCAUCUCCUUAGAAGAUGCUUUCCGACUGGUUGCUGGUCGAGCGCGCCUAAUCCGCGAUAAAUGGGGUCCGGAGCGCGGAGCCAUGCUGUCGCUCGAGUGUGAUCUGGGUGACCUGAGGGAGCUGAUGGCUCGCAUCAACUCGACCUCUAAUUGCCGUGUGGAUGUGGCCUGCUACAACGGUCCCCGUAGCUUUGUGCUGUCUGGUGAUAUGGAGUCCAUCGAUCAGGUGCAGGAAUGGUGCCGCUCGUUUAAAGCAGUCCGACUGCAAAACACGCAUGCAUAUCAUUCGUAUGUCGCAGAUGCUAUCCUCGAGGAGUUCAGAGAACUCGCCCAAACGAUAGCAAUCCAACCACCACGGAUUCACAUCGAGACCUGCUCCCCCAGCACCAGCUGGACUGCCUUUACCGCCGAGGCAAUCGUCGAACAUACGAGACAACCGGUCUACUUCCAUGAAGCAGUGGACCGCCUCGCAGCGCGUGCCCCAUCUGCCGUGUGGCUCGAAGCCGGAUCUGCAUCCCCAAUCAUCGCUAUGACUCGUCGCAUACUGACACAGUCAGAUAAACCGCCCAUGUUCAUCCCAAUGGAACUAGGGACCACGGAUGCGAUGGCCAACUUGGCAAAUGCCAGUAGCCAGCUCUGGACGGCAGGGCUUGGUACCUCGUUCUGGCCUUUCCGUGGAGAUGGAGAUGCAGUGCAGAUCAACCUACCCCCAUAUCAAUUUGAGCGGACGCAGCACUGGCUUCAGUACAAGGAAGCGUCGGAAUCAUCCCUUAUUCAGCGCUCCCCAAGAUCAGGGUCCACCUUGGUGACCAUGGUCAAGAGUAGUGGGCCGAAGGGAGAAACAUUGUUCUCUAUUGAUACCUCGAACCCUGUUUUUGACUUAGCAACUCGAGGACACGCAGUCACUGGUCACAGCUUAUGCCCGGCCUCAAUGUACAUCGAAUUCGCUGCUCAGGGCGCUUCGAUGCUCGCCAGCAAAGACAACAAGACGCACUUCGCCCCCCACGUUGAAAGCCUGUCUAUAUCCUCCCCGCUGGGGCUUGGUGCGGAUUUAUUUCUCCGCCUGUGCCCUGUAGCACCGGGACAAUGGGAUUUCACCAUUACAAGCACGUCUUCAUUCGAGCAAACAGAGCACGGAAAAGGACGCAUCAGCUUGGUAUCUGCCGGAGACGUCGUUGCCGAGGCACGGCUGAAGCUUCUUCAAAAGAUCGCCCGAAGCUCGAGCAUGGAUCGUAUCAUGGACUCUCCUGAUGCAACAGGCAUAAGUGGUGGCAUUGUAUACCGGAUCUUUGGUGAGAUAGUGAACUACGCUCCUUACUACCGCGGGGUGAAGUCACUAUCAUCAUUAGGAAAUGAGGCGGUGGGAUUUGUGGAUCUCCCGGACGACACCCAACCGUUCAGCGGACAAAGCACUUUUUGUAGACCCGUUGAGCUGGAUAAUUUCCUUCAGGUUGCUGGGAUUCACGUGAACUGUCUCUCUACUCGGCGCGCUGAGGAGGUAUUUAUGUGCACUGCUGUGGACGAGGUGAUCCUUACACCUUCGUUUGUUGCCUCCAAGACAGACUCGCAGAGCUGGACCGUUUAUUCUCAUCACGAAGUUAUCUCCAAGGGGAGCUUGACUAACAAUAUCUUCGUCUAUGAUUCCGCGAAAAAGCUCGUAGCAGCUAUCAUGGGGGCGACAUUUCGCAGCGUGCCAUUCAAGUCGCUAGCCCGGAGCCUGACUCGCCUUAAUCAGCUUAUCCCAUCCACUCUGGAUAAGGGAAGGGAUUUUAUGGAGCCCCUAGCCGACUCAGGAUAUGACUCCAAUCUUGCUACUCCACCUACUGAGGAUGAGGACGAGACCUCGUUGGAAAACUAUUUCCCCGCGGAACAGGAGGUGUCUCAGAAUGUUCAGCGUCUCGAGGUUACCAAUGAUAGCAACACCCUUCAACAACUUCGAGCCCUUCUGAGCAAUAUAAUCGAAAUACCCCUCGAAGAGAUAGACGCCUCGUCUAGCCUUGAAGAACUUGGGAUUGACUCAUUACUCGUCACGGAGGUCCUGUCCGAGAUCGAGAAGCGCUUUAAGCUCCGCAUUAGCCCAGCACAAUUUCAAGGCUGUACAGACGUACUUUCAGUCUGCCAACUUUUGGCGCCAGAGGAGAAGCUCGCGCGAACAGCUGCCCCGCGCAGUCUGGCGUCCACCAAUGGUCACACCGAAACUGGGUCACCAUCCACGCGAAGCGGACCUCUGUCAGGCGAGUCAGAAAAUAAUCUGGCCGUUGUAAGUCAGCAAUGUUUCUUGGAUACUAAAUCAGGCUACGAUAAACACUCCAAAGUGACGGGCUUUGCCGGGUUCUUCAGCGAGCCCUUCCCUAUGCAAUCCGAACUUGUGGUGCAGUACGUAGUAGAGGCUUUUUCGACACUGGGCUGUAUACUGAACGAUAUGGCGCCAGGGGAUGACAUUCCCAUUAUACCCCAUAUUGACGGUCAGCGGAAGCUAGUGCCUCAGCUGUAUAUGAUUCUGGAGGAUGCGGGACUGAUCACGCAAAGCAAGGACGGUCGGUUUGAGCGCUCCAAUACGCCGACCUCCACUACCCCAGCAUCGAGUUUGCAUCGCAGCAUGCUAGCUAGAUUCCCUAAGCACACAUCCGAGACGAAGCUCCUUCACACAACUGGCCACAGAUUGGCGGACUGUUUGUCUGGUUCUGCUGAUCCGCUCUCCUUGAUCUUCCGAGAUUCAUCUGCUCGAGCCUUGCUCGAGGACGUAUACACGAAUGCGCCCAUGUUCAAAACAGGUACACUUUUACUCGCACAAUACCUCUCGUCCGUCGUGUCACGCUUCGGAAACGCCAGGGAAGUCCGCAUUCUCGAGCUGGGAGCAGGUACGGGCGGCACAACCAAGGAGCUUGUCCAUACCCUAGAAAAAUUGAGCCCUGAUCAUAAAUUCACAUAUACCUUCACCGACCUCUCAUCUUCACUGGUCGCCGCGGCCCGGAGGAAAUUUCCCCAUUCGUUUAUGCGGUACUCGGUGUUGGACGUCGAGAAGGUUCCUGGUGCUGAAUUGCAGGGCCGCUACGAUAUUAUAAUUUCCACCAACUGCAUCCAUGCUACACAGAACCUGGUUCGAUCUACCACGCACAUCCGGCAAAUGCUCCGACCAGAUGGGAUUCUUUGCCUGGUGGAGCUGACACGAAACCUGUUCUGGUUUGACCUCGUGUUUGGUCUGUUGGAGGGGUGGUGGCUGUUCAAUGACGGAAGGAAGCAUGUCCUCGCCGACGAACGGCGAUGGGAGAGAUGUCUACGAGAGGCUGGGUUUAACUGGGUUGAUUGGACCGAUAGCCCAUCCAGGGAAUCAGAUCUCUUACGGGUCAUUACCGCGUCUCCGUCUUCGGCUCAUGACACUUCAACCAAGCAGGAGACGAUCACCUUCAAGAAGGUGGACGGUGUCGAUCUUGAGGCAGAUCUGUACUAUCCUGACCAGCUGGCUGAUUCAACACAGCGUCUUCCUGUGGCACUAAUGAUUCACGGUGGCGGCCAUGUCAUGUUGUCCCGUAACGACAUCCGGCCAGAGCAAACCCAGCUGUUGUUACAGCAUGGCUUUCUCCCGAUAAGUGUCGACUAUCGACUCUGUCCGGAGGUAACACUCCCCAAUGGACCUAUGGAAGACGUUGCAGAUGCGCUGCAUUGGAUUCGCACUGUGCUGCCCACGCUCCGUUUACGUCGCAGCGAUAUCAAAAUCGACGGAGCCCGCGUGGUGAGUGUGGGCUGGUCUACAGGCGGGCAUUUGGCCUUGUCGCUUGGAUGGAACAGUAUCCCACGAGGAAUCAAGCCGCCUGAUGCUAUCCUAGCCUUCUAUUGUCCUCUCGACUACGAGGAUGACUUCUGGCUACAGCCAAACAUCCCAGAAGGAUCUGAAAGUGCGACAACCUAUGAGCUUGACGAGAGUAUUUGGGUGGCUGUGCAUGAGAAAGCCCUGACGCGGUAUAAUGUCCCGCCUGCGCAACGAGCCGUGGCAGGAUGGAUGGCACCAAGUGAUCCACGUAGUCGGCUUGCUCUGUAUAUGAACUGGCAUGGACGGACAUUGCAUGUUCUCCUCCGUGGACUUGAUCAGCAGCGCCGAAAGGAGCCGGAGAUGCCCACGCCCGCGGAGGUUGCGGCAGUGAGUCCACUCGCUCAGGUUCGUCGAGGUACAUACACUACUCCGACGUUCAUUAUUCAUCCUAGAGGGGAUGAUCUCAUCCCUUGGGGACAGGCGCAGCGGACAUAUGAAGCGUUAUGCAAACAGGGGGUUGAAAGUCAACUACGCAUUGUGGACGAUGUGCCGCAUCUCUUCGAUAUGUAUCGCACGUAUCAGAAACGGGAGGAGGUCCAGAGGGUGGUAGGGGAGGGAUACAAGUUUCUACGGGCGCACGUAUGA